CACACUCUGUGCAGAGCGAGGCACUUGAAGAGGCUGUUAGUUUCAGGACUGUUUCUUGACAAGGAGUGUUAUGUGUAAACAUUAGCUGGAUUCUCCCGUUCCAUCAAAGCAGGCAAGCGAUGAUUGUACCAAUACAAGAAGGUUCCUCAACAGAGACUGGAACACCCGUACUAACGAUGGAGCCAAUGUGGAGGAGAUUCUUAACGGGUGACUGGAUCAUUCUUAGAUGUGAUGCUGGUCGAGAGCUUCAUUCUGUGAGAUAUAAGUGGUUCGUAAACAACAAUAUCAAAGAGUUCAGCGAGAAGAUUUACACCAUUGAGGCUGCUGGAAUAGAGCAUAAUGGGGAAUACAGAUGCCAAACUUUGACACAAACAACAGCCGACAGUAACAGCAUUCUCGUGAGAGUAUCCGUCCCUGUGAGCUGCCCAUCCAUCAGCUCAGAUCUGAAGGAGCCCGCUGUGUCCAUCGGUGACCACUUUCCCAUCCGGUGUACGUCUGAAAAUGGGACACUGCCUAUAAACCUCAUGCUUUACCACGACCACCACCCCCACCCCCUGAGGAACACAACAGUCGUUGACUCCAGGACAGCCACCUUCCAUGUCACCGUGCCACCUGAUGGGGAGGGCGCUGCGUACUCCUGUGGUGCUGCCAAUGCCGUUGCCCACGUUAUCAACUGCAGUGAGCCGCUCGUCCUCACUGUGUCAGACACCAGCAGCCCCAAUCAUGAUGAAAUUGUGUACUCUGUUGUCCAAGCAAAGAAGAAAGAAGGAGGCUCCGUCAGGACAAGAAGAGAACCAGUAAGUUUUUAUUGUUUCAGAGACCUUUACAGGACAAGGAGGGGUGCCAGUCAGCAAAGAUCUGUAAGGAACAUUGCCCUCAUCUUUGACCUUAGGAGGCUAUGGCAAUGCAGUUGUACAUCUAAAUACUUCUUCAAUGUGAUGAGGGUUUCUGCCUGUCCCACUUUUACAGGCAGCGAGUUCCAGAUUCCCCACCAUCCUCUGGAUGAACGAUAUUCUACUCAAGGUUCUUUUUAGCUUUAUAUCCAUGAUGCCUGCUUACCCAUCCCUCUACGUGUUGGAAAUAUGCCUUGCAACUAUGUCUCUCACAGUCUAAUAUAGCUCUACCAGGUCCCCCCUCAACCUUCUCUGCUCCCAUCUGACCUUAUCCAUCCUUUUGUUCUGCCUGAAAUGUCCCAUCCCAGGCAACAUCCUGGUCAGUCUCCUCUGCACCCUGCCCAAUGCAAACACAUCCUUCCUAUGGUGCUCCAGCUGUGGCCUCACCAAAGUCCUGUCCAGCUCCAACAUCACCUACCCACUGUUAUAAUCUAUGCCUGUACUAAUAAAGGCAAAUAUCCUGAAUGCCUUCUUAACUACUUAACUAUCUUCUGGGAAAUGUGGACUAGCACCCCGAGAAUUUCACUACUGUAGGAUCUUAUGACAUUUUGUCUACAUCUUUGACUUGUUAUCCCUGCCCAAGUGCAUUAAAACUAUCAGAGGUAGGCCAUUUAGCACUUAAUGUCUGCAUCCCCUGUUCACUAAGAUCACAGCUGAUCUUAUCAUCCUCAACUUCACUUUCUGCCCCAUAACCCUCGAUUGCCCUUCCUAAUUGAAAAUCUCAGCCUUGAAUAUACUUCACAGCCCAGCCUUGACAAC